AUGAAAUUAACUCUCUCAAACCUAUUUUUUGCUUACUCGCUUAAAGCCAUAAAAUAAAAACUUUUCAAAUAUUUUGCUAUUACUUCAUAUUCAAAUCAUAGUUUUCUUGUUUUGUUAUAGUGUGCGCUAUUAUAAUCUGCAUUUUUAAAUUUGAUCUAUCUCCAUCAUUGUAAAAGUGCUGCUUCAACUUAAUAAAUUAGUGAUAAAUCUUUACAAAUAAAAUAGGUUUGCAAAAUGAAGUUGUUAAAAAUAAGUUAAGCUAAGAAUGCAUAAUUUUUUGAAUAAAAUUUAUUUUUUUUGGCUCAAAAUUGCAAAUUGUUGAAUAUAAUUUAAAGAAUUUAUAAUAAUAUUUCGCUAUUAUAUUCAAAAUAUCAGUAUAAAUAAAUAAUAUAAAUACCAUAUUUUGCUUAUUGA